UCAGUGCUCGCUUGGCAUCAUUAGCCGGUCACCGAUCAGACGAUUUUGAUUUUAUGCAAGGGCAAAGGGCGUAAAUGUUGUGUUGUAUCUCUUGGUGAAAGGCCAUUUAGAAAGUAACAUACAGUUAUAAACACAAGGUAUAAACAAUGGAUUUAGCCAAAAGGUGCUAUGAGUUUGUUUCCAGCCCAGAACCGGUAGCUUCAUUUCAAAAAUGGUGUUCGAUACGCCCAAUACCGGCAAAGUCAGAAGUGAGUGUCGGUGAUAAGCAUUGCAACGGGAAUUGUUACUGUGAUGAGAAGGGGAAUUCCGAACCAAAACACGGUGACAAAUUUAUAAAAUCUACUACAAACUGUAAAAAUUCUUCGCAUGAUAUAGUAUCAAAUGGACACUUUAAUGGUAUUAAUUCUGAAUACUCAAAUCUCAAGCAAAGAAAUGGUGGAAAACAGAACCAUUACCUAGAAAAUACCAAAGUGGGUAAUAGUGACAUAAAUCAAAAUGGAACUUAUUUUGGCAAAGAAGAUACUCAGAAUGGAACCCCCACCCUUAAUGGCUAUACACAUACAAAUGGAAAAAAAGUAACCACAGAGCCAUCUACUGGGCCGGAAUUCAUUAUAGGAAAUUAUCUAAUUUUUGCAUUAUUUAGAUUUGGAGCAGAAUUAGGAAAUGAAUUCUUUUAUAUGAUAUUUUAUUCAUUUACGUUGUGGAAUUUUGACAGUAAAAUAUGUCUGAAAAUCGUCUUAGUAUGGGUUCUUAUAAUGUACGUUGGUCAGUCGAUGAAAGAUGUCAUUCGAUGGCCAAGACCAGCAAGUCCACCUGUAUUCCAACUGGAAUCAAGAUAUGCUUUGGAGUAUGGAAUGCCGUCGACACAUGCUAUGGUUGGAACAGCAAUACCUUACUGUUUGCUUAUGUUUACACAUGGAAGAUAUGAGUAUUCAUUUGAAGUUGGUAUAUGUUUGGCUAUAUCAUGGUGUACAUUAGUGUGUUUAAGUCGCCUUUAUCUUGGCAUGCACACCAUACUUGAUAUCUUAGUUGGACUGCUGUCUGUCUCAAUUUUGUUGUUUAUCUUGGUUCCCUGGGCUGAAGUUUCUGUGCUUUUUCUUGUGGGAAACAAAUAUGGUGGCCCAAUCAAUGUGGCUUCUGCUCUGGCAUUGGCUUAUUUUUACCCAACACUGGAGUAUCAAAAAUGGAGCAGUGCCCGUGGUGAUACUACUGUUUUUCUUGGCGUAGCCUCGGGAUUGUUGUUUGGAUCUUGGUUGAACUGUCAAACAGGUUUAUUUGUUGAAGAGGAGAUGACGUUUCCCUACGCUAGAACAGUAUUUGAAUAUCAGAUGGUCAAAAACACAAUGGGACGAUUAGUUAUGGGAGUAAUAGCUAUAGCAGUCAUGCGUUUUAUAAUGAAAUUAUUUACUUUUAGAACUCUCUGUUUUAUAUUUAGAAAAGAUGCAAACGAUCCGAAAUCGAAAACUUGUGUAAUGAUCGAAAUUCCCUAUAAAUAUAUCAGUUAUUUUGUUCUGGCUUUUGGGGCUUCUUACCUCGCACCUCAGAUAUUUCAAUAUUUUGGUAUGGAUAGAUCGUCCUAUUACACAGAAAUUUUCCAGUGAAAAUAAGCUGUGGUCCGUUGGAUGAUUAUCACUCACAAAACUGCUGAAUCACAAAUUUAUUGAGGAUCUUCGGAAACAGUAAAAAAAACCUCCUCAACCACUAUUUUUAAAAGAAAAUUGUUUAUAUAAUUUGAUUAACUUGGAGAAGGAACAUGAAAUGUAAAUACAUGUAAUUUGUAGAUUUUUUUAUGUAUAUUGUAGAUUUUGUAUGUAUCCGUCAUUGUUUAUCGUAUCUUGUUUAUGUUUUUAUUUAUAUUUAUAUUUUCGUUAAAACCAAAAAAACUUGAUUGUUUUAUUGUGUAUUCAAAUAACAAAACCUGUUUUAUUGACCAUCAUUUAGAAAAGCUUUUAUUCAUUAGCUAGUCAAUUUGAGAAAGUCUGUCCAGUUUAUUGAUUAAACUCUGUAGGUGUGAUAAGCUUUUAACAAGUUCCGUCUUCAUUAGCCCAGUAUAGGAGCAGAACAAUAGGACGUUAAAACCCAUUUCAUUUCAUUUUAACAAGUUAUCUCCCUUGGAGGUAUAUGUAACAAUGUGCCCCUCCAAGUAAUGUAAACAGUAUUUGAAAUAUGGCGGUAAUUUUAUAAACAUGUUCAUUAUUAUCGGAUAAAAUAUCCUAAAAACCACGGUGAGCGACCUGAAGUUAAAGACUACAAAUGACCAGCAUCUAUUAAACCAUAGCAACGCAUCUAUAAAACCAUGCAUGUCAUUGUGGAGAGAAAUCUGGUUGUUUGGUCUUUUUAAAUGAUGACUAAAGAGACUAAACAAUCAAGACUAUUAACUUGAUGUAGCCCCAUGAUUACUAAUGAGACUGAACAAUCAAUACUAUUAACUUGAUGUAGCCCGAUGUUGUUUUUUUUAUUGGUUAGAUAUAGGAAAUUUAUCUGCUGUUCAACAUUAAGAAUGCUAUUCAAUGUCCAAGUUUAUCAUUAAGAAUGCAAACAAAGAAAUAAGAUCAUAAGGUCUGUCAUUGAUUCCAGUGGCAUUGAUUUUCUCCCACAGCUAAAGACUUCAAAUUAUUGAAAUAAACUUGAACCAUACGUUAGUCCUGAAAUGACCUAGUUUGUGUCAUUUGGACAUUAAACCCUAUUUCUCUGUGUAUUGUAUAUGUUUAUAAGAUGUGCCAACACCUGUAUACUCUAGAAACAGUAUUUAAACAAAGUUCCUUUAAUUUACUGGUUUUACCAUCGCUCAUGUGUCUUUAAACUUACUUGAUAAAACAUUCAUUUCCCUACAUUUCUUGUAAAUAAAUUCAACUGUUUGUCCUGUAUUUGUCAAAUGUGAACAAUCUUGCUUUGUAAGUGCCAUUCUGUAGUAUUUAUCAUCAAGCACAUGCUAUUAAUAUUUGCACUGAGUGACCAUAACUUGAGAAUUGAGAAUUCCAAACUGUAGACAUCCGCAAAGCUCUCUGUUGGAUAGAAUGAACCCAUGAAUUCGAGAGCUGAAUAGUGUAUAAAACAUUCAAUCCAUUUUUUUGUGUGUUUUUGACAAAAUUUGUAACUGCAGUUAAGCCUGCUAUAAAUAAUGUUGCAAAUUUUAUGUUUAUUAUUUGUCAUUUGGCAUACUGAAGAGUGCUAUAUAAGGCCAGACCAAUUUUGUAUUAAGUUCUUUGGGAUCUUGUUAAGGGAUGUUGUUUUUUUCCCUUUCAAAUUUUGUAACUUAAGAAUUUGUUUUAUUCUAAGAAAUGAGAAGCAAAACUUCAAUGGAUAUUCUUGAAGAACUCAAAUUCAAAUUGGCACGGCCUAAUAAAUAUUUAAUAUUUUAGUUUACUCCCGGUACUGUAUGAAAUAUGUGACUAGUUUUGACUCAUAAAACAAUAGUCAAAAACUCAAAACACAACUAGACAACAUGCGUGUCAGAGAUGAUCACAUAUAUUACAUGUAUAUAUAUAUAUAUAUAUAUUUAUUUAUAUAUCUAUAGUAUUUUUAAAAGUGAAAAAAAAAAAAAUGUUUCUGUGUCUUUGCUAUUUUUCUAAUUUUACUUUGGCCAACAAUUAAUAUUUUUAUUUAAUGAUUUUAAACAUCAAACAAUGUUUAAACUCUAUUAUUUGAUUUGGCGAUGUUAUAAUGAACACAUAUAUUGUAAUAGUGGCCAUUGUCAAUUCUCAACAAAAUUAAAAUCAUCCUACAUGUAGGCCAGGGCCUUGGUUUCAGUCAUAUUUGUCAGAGGUUCAAAGAAUUGAAAUAAAAGACAAGAAAGACAGUUAAAUUUAUAGAUUUCUUACGUAAAAAAGCCAUUUAAUUGGGAUAAUGCUAAAAAUUGUCUUAAUAUCCUUAAGUGAUUUUUAGAGGUAGAGGUAUAAUAUUCAUAACAACACAACUUUAUGGUUUAUUACAUGCAACGUUUCAAUACUCGUGCGGGGUUGGAUGGCCGAAUGGUUAGCACGUGCGCACUGAAUCAUACGGUCUGUCAUUGAGUCAAUUCGCCGGUUGUUUGUGACAAGGAGUAGGGUCGCUUGUCCAACCUUGUGUGUUUUCUCAGGUCCUCCGGUUUCCUCCCACUUCUAAAGACCCCUACGUGCAAGCAAAUUAUUGAAAUAAAAUUGAACGAUGUGGUAGUCCCAAAAUGACUUGGUUUGUGUCAAGUGGAUGUUAAACCCCAUAUCUCUCUCUCAAUACUCGUUUAUUACAUGCAAGGUUUCAAUACUCAUACAGGUAUCUUUAAGAGUAUUGAAAUGUUGCAUGUAAUAAACCAAGAAGUAGUAAAUCCAUAAAGAUGUAUUGUUAUUUAUAAUAUUUUCCUUAUUCAAGAUAAACAAAAUACGUUGACCUGCUGGCAAAAUUUUGAAGUAAAAACCCUGGUCUAGGUGUUCCGAGUUUUGACUAAUAUUAUACUUGCUCAUGAAUAUUCCUCACUGUGAUAUAUUUGUAUGAAGUUUUAUGCAAUUGUUUGACAUUCAGUCUGUUUUAAUGCAUAAUUAUAUUCACAUUCUCAUUGUUUUCACGUUAAAAAUAUGUUUAAAUCUAUGGCCUUAAGAUCAAAUAUUUUACCAUAUUUAAUCUUUUAUUAGAUAGUUUUCAAUGAAAAAUCUUAAUAAUUUGAAUAUUGUAUUCAUAAUUCUAGGGCUCACAGAUUUGAAAUAUGAAGUUCAUUGCACAAUGAUUUCUCAUUUUUGGAUCUGAAUGUGAUGAAUGUGGAGAACACUAUUUCUAAUCCAGUCAUGCGCCCCUUUGCCUUUGAUAAUAAGCAAUCUAACUGUUUUAUUUAGACACUGAAUAUGGUAUCAAUAUGAUGGUUCGGUUUGAUUCGGUAUCUGGUUCGGCUCUGGAUAAUAAUAAUUAGUUACUGGUACUUACAAAAUCAUCCUUAGACUUGACUGUUUUGCAUGUAAAAUGGCAAACUGUUUCACAGUAGUAAUGCUAAAGCCUUCUUUUAACACUAUACAAGAUGACUAACCUUUAAGGUCACGCCCUGUAUAGUUUUAUGUAUAAGGUCACAUCAUAUAGCGUUGAUAACACAGGUAUUGCUUAGAUACUGGUCCAGGCAGAAUUGAUGCCUUCUUCUACCUAUUCACGCCUCUGCGUACAAUUUUAUGUAUCCAUUUACAUUGAAUAGGAAAUAUUUUUUAUCCACAUAUACCUCAAACCAUUAUUAUUUCUCUUAAUAAUUAAAAAAAUUGUUUUAGAAUUAAAUUUACAGAGGAAACAAAGUUACUGUUGAGUGGUAAUUAACUUGCGCCAAAGUCAUCUCUAUCAGUGAUAUUGGCAGCCAAUAGAAUAUUUACUGUUGAUCAGUUUGGUAAAAAAGUAGACAUAAUAUAAUAUACUGUAUUCAAUAUAUACAAUGUAAAAAGAAAAGAGUAAAAAUAUGUAAAUAAAUAAAAAAUACAAUAUCAGAUUAAAGAUUUGUACUUAUAGUAAACAAUUGGGUUGUUAAGUCUCUCUAGCAGAGCGUUUCACAAAGAUAGCAGAAAAAUGUUCGCAGAACCAGUAAUAUGAUAAAUCAAUUAUCAAAAUAGGGAACCAAACAGAUAAUGAUUGCUUUUUCACUCAAGUCCCAUGCAAAAGGAACUGGAUAUAGAAUCAAUCUGCAACCUCCUGAAUAAAAUGGUUUGGCGAUUAGCUUUACUGGAUUAGAAACAGUGUUCACCUAUUUUGUGAAAUAUCUAAAAUAAUUUAUUAUUCCAUCUGUUUGUGUAUGCAAUGAGCAUCAAAUGAAUGUACAUAGGUCAAUCAAAGUCAAUCAAAUUCAAUCUAAGAGGUUAAACAGAAGAGAAUGGUAUUUAAGGCCCAUUCAACACAAACUAGGUCAUUUUGAGACUAACAUAUAGUUUAAUUUUAAUUCGCUUUCACAUAUGGGUCUUUACCAGUUGGACAGGUGACCCUACUCCUUAUCACGUACAAGCUGGGAAUCAAAACCAUGCCACUAGACUAAAUGACAAACCUCAUAUUCUAAAGUGCACGUUAAACAAUUCGGGCCGCUAAAGCGGUGGACAGGCUAGUCGGAUGAUUCGACCCUGAAUUCCAGCUGAAUGAGAUUCGGCCGAAUAACUGGACAUACUAGGCGAAUCCUUUGCUCGAUUAGCCAAUCGAUUGCAUCUCGAUUAAACAUGGUAGCGACCAUGUCUGCAAACAAUCACAUGACUUUUCGAUAUGACUGGUGAUUGGCUAAUGAAUUCUACAAUCAGACGAAUGCUUCGACGAAGCGAGCAUACUAGGGGAACAUAGUUCGGCUGAGUAUAUCAAACAUGUUUGAUUAGGGUGAAUCAUUCGGCUAAUUUGUUCACCGCUUAAGAGAUUAAAGAUGAAUGAAAUGAAUUGUGUUCUAUUAUAUCAACAACUGUCUACCUCUACUUAUAAUUUCAAAUUAUUUAUUCUCCACAAUGAAAUAUGUAUGUCUCAGUAACAACUCGUUUCUAUCUAAGGCUAAUGUUUUGUUCAUAUUUUCCUGUACUGACAGGCUUAUUGCUAUGUAAUGAAUGAAAUUUUUUUCCAUCAAUCUGUUGUAUAUUAAGAAUUGCCGACAGAAUAUCACUUUCCAUACAUGCUAUUAACAAUUUUUGGAUGACUUAGCUGCUGUGGGCAUGUUUUGUUGCCUGGCAAGCUAGCUUCUUUAAAUUGGUAGUAAGACAUGGAUUUUAAGGAGAGUAGUAGCAGAUUGUUUUUAUCUUCAUUUGUCAUGAUAUACAGAUAUGAAAACAAUUCCUGUGAAAGAAAUCAAGCCAUAUUUAUUUUAUCCUUUGAUGUUGGUGUACCAUUAUUUCAAAUUAUUUAUACUAGAUAAAAUAUCAGACUUUGUGUGAUGAUUUCAUUGAAAUGAAAGUGCAAGACAUUGCGUGAUAUAUUGAUAAAACAUGACGCCAUCAUGCAGUAUCAAACUGUUACUUAAUGUCUCGCUCUCCCAAAUUUUUAGGAUGACAUAAAUGUUUAUAAAAAAAAAAGAGGAAGUGAAUUUGUGCCAUUUUUUUUCCUAGCCAAAUGGGUUCCCGUGUACAAACUGGGUGAUUGAAUGGUGUAUAUGGACUAAAAACAUAUUCAAACUAAUUAAUUUGUCAUAAUUUUGCUUCAAAUCCUUCUCAAACAUUGUAAUUGCGAAGGAAUGUCCUACUAUAAAAAUUCGAUCAAACCAGGUCAUGCCUACGUCACGUGACUUACCUCUCUUGGAAGUCAGAGGAGAAUUCAUUGCAUACAUAAGACGAUGUUGUCUUUAAUCGCUUACUAUUUAUUACAAAUAUCGAAUCCUAAUUAAAUUCUCGGAUUAUCCACUACCCGUGUCUUUUUCUGUAAUUUUUAUCUCAGAAAGUGUUGUACGUCUAACUCUUCAUAAAUUUUAUCAACAAAUGUACAUCAUGCGCUUGAUGUUCGCGUGUGACCUUUGACAUCACGCGUGCAGAAAUUCCUAACCGUCGGGCUGUUGAUUUUUUGUCCUGUAUACGCUCCAUGAGUGUUUUUCGGGGAAUCCAGUAUUUUUCUAGUAAGAUUGGAUAUCUCUACUUUCCAUAUAUACCAAAAUUACCAUACUUUUAUUGGAAAUAACCACCCGAUAAAUACUUUUUUAAUUUUUAUAGCAGGACAUUCCUUCGCAAUUACAAUGUUAGAGAAGGAUUUGAAGAAAAGUUAUGACAGAUUAAUAGGUUUGAAUAUAUUUUUAGUCCAUAUAUACCAAUAAAUCACCCAGUUUGUACAAGGGAACUUUAAAACUGAAAUUUGAAACUAAAAACUCUUGAACUGCACAACCAUGUACUUUUGGAUUUUAAAAAACUGUUUUUUCCGAAGACAUUUUUUUACAGUUGUUCCUGAAGAAUAGAAAAUCAAAUUGAUGUGGACUAAAUUUUAGUUGGACGACAUCCAUUACUAAUAAAUUGUACUAAUUACUGAUAUGGGCUAUGUGGAAUUAUCUUGAAUCUUUUAAUACAAUGUAUUAAAAAAAAAAAAAACAACCAAAAAAAACCUUGCUUAGCAGAUGUUGUAUUUUGAAAUAUAUGAAUUUGUUUGUACAAUGUAAUUUAUUAAACUGAAGAGUUUUGUUGAAUAAAACCAAUUACCAAACCAA